AUGAAACGAACAAGGAACUGUCAGUCAAUUAUUAUUUCUGGGGAAUCUGGCACAGGCAAAACAGAGUCACAGAAGUACAUCUUACGAUACCUUUGCGAUAACAGCUAA